AUGAAUGAUAAUGCCUUUGUUACCACAUUUGUAACAAAUGGCUGUUUAUUAUCCCACGCAACGGACGCAAUUCGUGGGGAUAUAGACAACGGUUCUGUCGGCCCUAUUAAGGGAGAAGUUGAUAUCAAGAAAAGAUAUGGUGUCAAUAGAGAAAUCAAUGAUGAUGAUGUUGCCAGUGGUGGAUUGGAUAACCAGGAAGAAUCACGAGAAAGUGAGUUAAUCGGUACAAAGAAAGUGCCAGAAGUUGGUGUCAUCAAAAGUACCAAGUGGAUAGUCGUAACAAGCAUUUCUUCUCCUACACAUGACAUCGAACGUUUGGCAAAACUGUCAGAAUGGCAGCUACUGGUUGUUGCUGAUAAAGAAACACCAGAAAACUGGCAUUACGAUGGUGUUAUAUUCCUAAGUAUAGCUACACAGAAAUCUCUCGGUUACAAAAUUCUGGAAUAUAUCCCAUUUUCUAACUAUGGCCGCAAGAAUAUAGGGUAUCUUUAUGCAGUACAGCAUGGUGCACAAUUGAUUUAUGAUACAGAUGACGACAAUCAUCCAACUGAUGACCUUAGGGGUUUCAUAAUCACUGACAUGAUGUAUGGUGUCGUACCCUCAAGUGAGACCACAGUUCUGAACCCAUAUGCUUAUUAUGGUCAGCCAACAACCUGGCCAAGGGGGUUUCCUUUGGACAAAAUUGGAGAUAAUAUUACCAGUGAUUACAAUGCGGUUCACUGGAAAACAGCACUGAUACAACAAGGGGCUGUUGAUGGGGAUCCAGAUGUAGAUGCAAUAUUUCGACUUACCUGCAAAUCAAACAUCAAAUCUUUAAACAUCACUUAUGAUCAUUACAUGCCCCCAUUACUUUACCCAAAAGGCACAUUUGUACCAUGGAAUUCCCAGAAUACUCUGUUUCGUUAUAAUGCAUUCUGGGGGCUUCUUCUACCUACAACUGUCACAUUCCGUGUAACUGAUAUAUGGAGAGGCUAUUCUACACAGACCCUUCUGUGGCUCAUUGGUGGCUUUAUAAGUUACAUGCCUCCCAAUGGCUUCCAACUUCGAAACAAUCACUCCUACAUAGGUGAUAUAAAACAAAAAAAGAAGUUAUACGAUCAAACAGGAGAUCUUUUACAGUUUUUAUCUGAUUGGAAAUGCAAUUCAAACAGUCUUUAUGCGUGUAUGCAGAUUUUAGCAGACAAUAUGGUCAACGAGGGAUUCUUGGACAUUGCUGAUGCUAAGCUAACAGCUGCAUGGCUACACGAUCUUGUUGCUAUUGGAUACAAGUUUCCUGACAUUGUGACAACAGAGAGACAUGGUGAAUCUCUUGACUACCCAAUCAUUCUACAAUCUGAUAAUCGAUUCCCAAUGUCGAUUCCUUCAGAUUCAAAACUAGUGUAUAUAGGGGAGAAAAAGUCAAAAAUAAAAAGUUUGUAUCACAAAAUGUGUCUUAGUUUUAACACACGGAGAGAGUUCAAUAAGAAGCUGUUAAUACAACCAAAACCCAUUUUGCUGCUUAUAAUAUUUAAUAACAAUCUGCAUUACGAGAACAUUCCAUAUUUGGAGGCACUUUAUGACGGCCAUUUUGUAAAAACAAUUUACUGUGGCCCAGAAAUUCCAAGCAAGUCUAUUCUUCAAGAUUGGAACAUCAAUUUUAUCAAAUCUGAACGUAAACAAGAUGCACUACCGGGGUUUUACAACUAUGAAUGUGUUGUGAAAGCUAUGAAGUUAGGACUUAGAGUGAAGGGUAUCCUAACUAUCGCCGACGAUGUAUUCAUGAAAGUCAAAACUAUCAGCAAGCUACCUGUAGAUGAAAUCUGGUUCAACUCGAGAGGUUUUAAAACGGAGAAACAAUUUUCAGAAAUUGUGAAAAAACCAUCAAUUAUUCGCACAAGGGAUUCGUAUAGCUUUGGAGACCGUGACAUCGGUAGAAUGAUAGCCUCAGUAGAGCCCGGUAGAAUUAAAAUGUGUAAUAUUUCAAACUUAAAGGGAAAAUGCCAAGUCACUCCACGCAACAUUUAUUUGAAAACAUAUGAAACUAAUAUCAUAAAUGCAUUUGAGGAGUUUUAUCGAUUGAAGAACUCAAAUAACAUAAUUAAAACAUUUCUUCAUGGUCUUUCUAAAGAAUUACUCGGAACGAAAAGGUUGAUGUUCGAUGCGGCAGAUGUAUACUACCUACCACAGAAGCAUUUUGAUGUGUUUGUUUCUAUUGCCCAGAUUUUCUACAAUCAUAGGGUGCUUCUUGAGGUUGCUGUGCCUACAAUACUCCAUUCUCUCAUUGUAAAUGAUAGCAACAUGGCCGUGGCUGCAUACAAUUGGGACUAUGGCAACACACGAGAGAAACCAUGGUUGAGAUUCCAAGCCUUUCUUUACAGUUCUCUCUCAUUCCUUCAUCCUGUAAAGCUUCAAGGAAUAACUAGGAACGAUAAAAAGACCACAGAAAUAUUCUGUGUUGCUCUAAAUAGUCAGCACUUUACUAAUCCUUUUGAAACUUAUGUUUAAUUUGAGCGUAGCGGUGCCAGAGCAAAUAUAGUCUUCCUGAAUAUAUGAUCCCGGGUCCCCUUGACCUGGUGUCCUAGUUUGUAUUAUGUUAAGUAUAUUUUCUGUAUUGGUAUACAAUAUAACCCAUUAUUAUUUCUCUGUAGCGAUAAUCAGCAUGUGAUUGGUCAGUCAUGUGCCAUGUGACCAAAAAUAAGGUAUUCCAUCCAUGUGUAAGUCAUCGAUAUGAAAGAUGUAAAAUGUAUUUUUAGAAAAAUAAAUACAGG